AAGUGAUAGCAAGCAAUUGUCGGUUAAAAAUGGCUUUAGUUUGUGUGGAAGAUUUCGAAAAGAAAGCCCACACAGUUAUUGAGAAAUUCGCUCUAGAUUAUUAUCGCAGUGGCGCUGGAGAACAAUUCACUUUAAAUUUGAACCGUGAAGCAUUCAAAAAAUGGCGUAUACGUCCUCGAUUUUUACGUGAUGUUUCUAAAAUGAAUAUGGGCUGCAAAAUUUUGGGCGAAAAUCUGAAAUGGCCUUUAGGCAUAGCACCAACUGCAAUGCAAAAAUUGGCACAUCCCGAGGGUGAAUGUGGAAAUGCUCGUGCAGCAGGUAGUGCUGGAUCUGUAUUUAUAUUAAGUACUCUGUCUACGACUUCUAUUGAAGAAGUAGCUACUGCCGCACCAAAUACCUGCAAGUGGUUCCAGUUAUAUGUAUAUAAAGAUAGGUCUCUAACUGAGCAAUUAGUACGACGUGCUGAAAAGGCGGGCUUUAAAGCAUUAGUUUUAACAAUUGAUGCACCUAUUUUCGGACAACGUCGCUCCGAUGUACGAAAUAAAUUUAGUUUACCCUCCCAUUUGUGUUUGGGUAACUUUGAAGGCAUACAAUCUGAAGGGGUUCGCAGCGAGAUGUAUACUGGUAAAUCUGGCAUAAAUGAAUAUGUGUCUAGUCAAUUUGAUGCUACUUUAACAUGGAAAGAUGUAGAAUGGCUGAUCAAAAGCACAUAUUUACCUGUUAUAGUUAAAGGUGUCUUAACACGGGAGGAUGCUGUGUUGGCACGAGAAUUUGGUUGUGCUGGUAUUAUUGUCUCAAACCAUGGAGCAAGACAGUUAGAUUGCGUGCCGGCUUCCAUUGAAGCUUUACCAGAAGUUGUAAAAGCUGUAGGUCAUGAUAUGUUAGUAAUGCUGGAUGGUGGCAUUAUGCAAGGUAACGAUAUUUUUACUGCUUUAGCAUUGGGUGCUAAGAUGGUAUUUGUGGGACGUCCUGCCUUAUGGGGUUUGGCAUGUGGUGGACAGAAGGGCGUCGAAGAUAUGCUAUCAGUUUUAAAGAAUGAUUUUGAAAUAACGCUUGCCCUCACAGGAUGCCAAACUUUAAAUGACAUAAACAAGGAUAUGAUCGUACACGAGUCUUAUUAUGCUAAAUUAUAGUUAUUUUGUGAACAUUUUUUAAAAAAACUAAUGAUUUAUACAGACAUAA